AUGACCCCCUACCCCUUAACAGGCACCAGGAUCAUCUACGACCGAAAGUUCCUGCUGGAAUGCAAGAACUCACCCAUUGCCCGGACACCCCCCUGCUGCCUCCCUCAGAUUCCCGGGGUCACAACUCCUCUAACAGCCCCAACCCCCAAGCUGGAGUUGCUGAAGGAGAAGGAGACAGAGGAAGAGAUACCUGAUGAUGCACAGUUUGAAAUGGACAUCUAAUCCAGUGCAGAUGACCCCACAUCUGGAGUUAUAGAGGGAUCCCUCAUGCUGCCGCUGCUGACACCACCUCUUUUUGGGGUAUCCCAAGGCCAAUUGGCCUCAUUUAAUCUGGAAGAGUGACUUGAUGGUUCUGGGUUUCCUUUAGUUCUGAGGCCACUAGACCAAAGAUAGGAGUGGGCAACUUGUCAAGCCCUUAACUCUAUUUUCUCCUUGGUCUGUAGGUACUCCUUCUAACCUCCAGCCCUCUGCUUAGGGCUGGCACUGGGGGAUGCAGCAUGUCAACUUUUGGCUGCUUAGUAAACAUUCAAAGAAAUGUCUUGGCUCUAGUUGUUCUCAAUGCUUAUCUUCUCACCUCAGCCACACAGCUGGCCUGGUUAAAAGACCCCAGGUCUUUUUAUGGCUCCCACUGGGCCUGCUUCCAACAGCAAUUAGAGCUUAAGGCAAGCUAUAGGAGUUGCCAAACCAUAAUCCGCAAUAGCCUGGUCCUUGCCAAGGGCUGUUCCUUUCUUUCCAGGAAGCAUUUUCUUGGAACUAGGCCUCCCUAGCAGUGCCUCUGUCCAUUCCUAAGAAGAACUCCCAAAAGAGAGUUACUAUCCCAGCUUAUAGCCAUCUCUAGUCUCCCCUUGCCUUUUUUCCUACCUGUGAAUAUCAAUCCCCAUUCCAAUACUCAAACCUACUAUCCUACCAACUCUGUUUAUUGAGGGUUAAAAGAGACUUUAGGUUUCACAGUGAAAUCAAAAAAUGUGGCACCAACUUGCUUGGUGAGUCAUG